CUUAAGCUCCGCCCACAUGGUGCUGGCAGGAAGGGAGCUGACCUGGUGGGUCGGUGUGGUUCUGGUUCUGACCCGUGUGUCUGUUUGCUCCUGCAGCUCGUGGCCCAGGGUCAGUUCCGGAUCCUGAAGGUUCCUCUGGGCUUCAUCAAGGUCCUGCAGUGGUUCUUCGCCAUCUUCGCCUUCUCCACCUGUGGCAGUUACUCCGGGAUGUUCAAGAUGGCGGUGGAGUGUAAGAACCGGACGGAGAGCAACCUCGCCAUACAAGUGGAGUUCGAGUAUCCGUUCAGACUCCACCAGGUGUACUUCGACGCCCCCACCUGUAAGGACAGGGCCUCGGACCGGAUCUUCCUGGUCGGAGACUACUCUUCCUCCGCCGAGUUCUUCGUCACCAUCGGCGUCUUCGCCUUCCUCUACUCCACCGCGGCGCUCAGCAUCUACGUCUUCUUCUACGACAAGUACAAGGAGAACAACAAAGGCCCGCUGAUCGACCUGGGAGUGACGGCGGUGUUUGCCUUCAUGUGGCUGGUGAGUUCGGCGGCUUGGGCCAAAGGUCUGUCCGACGUGAAGACGGCGACUGAUCCGGAUGAGGUCAUCACUUUGAUCGACGCCUGUGAGAAGAAGGAGAACUCCUGCCGUGAAGUCCACGACCCGGUCAUGUCUGGACUCAACACCUCCGUGGCGUUUGGUUUCAUCAAUCUGGUCCUGUGGGCCGGAAACCUCUGGUUCGUCUUCAAGGAGACGGGCAUCAUCGCCCCGUUCAUGCGAGCUCCGCCUCCUGAGGGCAAACCUGCACCCGACGCCUACGCCCAGCAGGGGGCGUACGAACAAGACCCGUACGCCAGCAACCAGGGAGGCUACCAGCCCGAGUUCAACCAGCAAGGAUACAACCAGGAGGCUGAGUACGGUCAAGGCUACGGCCAGCAGGGGGCGCCCACCUCCUUCUCCAAUCAGAUGUGAGGAGAGGAAGCAGGAAGUGGCGGAGUGAACCAGCAGUGGGUCGCCUGCAACCUACCCACAAUGCAACACUCCUGUCUGCCUGCGACUUUACUGGGUGGGGUUGGGAUAAAUGUUCACAGCUGUGAAUCAGUGUGUAAAUGACGAAAACAGAAUCUAAAUGAGAAACCCACAACUAGACGGAUCAGUGCUGAGUAGAACCCAGAGGUUCUGGUUGAUCUUCAUGUUCGGGUUGUAUUUGUGGACAGAAUGUAUGUUUGUGUUGUAUAGAUAUCACUUAUGAACAGAUAUAUAAUCUCAACCCUUUCUUCUCGCUUCCUAUUGGACCCUGGGAUUUCUUGUUGCAAUAAGCCCCGCCCCCAAAAGCCAGAUUGCCAAUCAAUGCUGUUCAGACUGGGUUCAACGAUCCGGGUCAGAUCAGAACCAWCGAAGAUCCGGAUAGAAAACGAUGAGCCGCUGGUCCACCAGCAUCGCCUCCCAGCUCUUUGUCUUGCUGCAUGUAAAUACCCACACAGGAAGUGAUGUCAGUCUGGACUUGUAGCGAAUGCAGCUGGACGCCGGCAUGGUGGCGUCCAUGGAAACGAGAUCCAAAAUGGCUUCCUGUCAUUUCAACUCUAAUUAACAAGCUGUGUGCAGCUAUCGAUUACAUUCCUGCUGAAGACAUGUCUGAAGGUCCAGACGUCCAUCUGAGGGCCCAAUCGUCCACCUGAGGGCCCAAUCGUCCACCUGAGGACCCAAUCGUCCACCUGAAGGCCCAAUCGUCCACCUGAGGGCCCAAUCGUCCUUCUGAGCCUCAAUCGUCCAACUAGGGCCCAAUCGUCCAACUAGGGCCCAAUCGUCCACCUGAGGGCCCAAUCGUCCACCUGAGGGCCCAAUCGUCCACCUGAGGGACCAAUCGUCCACCUGAGGG